UUUAAAUAGUUGGCGCGGUUGAUUAGAUUGAUGAUUGCCAAACUUCAUAAUUAUAUUCUUUCAAAAUAAAUUAAAUGGGAAUCUUUUACCUAGAAAGACAUUUCUGCCAUUGAUUUCUACUUUUUGAAAUUUCUUCAAGAUAUUUGUAUACAAACGUAAGGUUGCUUGACAGUUUUGUGGAAAGUAGUUAAUUUGAUUUAGAGGAGAUAACCUACAAAAAAGUAUCUGUCAUCACUGUAUAAAACAAAUGAAUUCUUCAAUUUUAUCAUGAAUUAAUUUAUUGCUUAGAGAAUAGUGCACUGACCUUUUAAUAUGUGGCCGUUAUUGCUUGAUAUGACAAAGGAUGAAUCUUUACAAAGCUUGAGAAAUUUAGAAUUGGAAGCGUAUUCCCAUUUAGUUUCUGCAUUGAGAGCUCAAGGUCCUCUCAAUUCGGAUAAACGAAAAUUAUUAAGAGAAACUAGUACUGUUUUGAAUAUAUCGCAGGAAAGGCAUAAAGCUGAAAUCAGAAGGGCAUUAACUGAUGAGAAACUAACAACGAUUGCAUAUCAUGUGAACGCUCAAAAUGAAUAUAGCAAUGAUUGGGCACAAGAAGGACGUAGAGUGAUACCUUUAAUGCCAAGGAUGGCACCACAAACAGCUUUUUCAGCUAUAGCUGAUGAAGUGGCUGAAAAUGCUGAUCAGAAUAAUAAACAGUUGCCACUACCAGCUAAUACAGAAAGGAAACGGUCAAUGAUUGUUCAGUCCAAUCAGAAUAUAUCUGGGGAAUGCAAUAAGGGCAGUUCAUUCAGAGUUAAUGAACAACCCAAACCUGAAGAUGUAAGAAAGAGGAAAUUUUCUGAAAAUAGUAGUUUAGCUCAACAUCUUCUUGGUCCAUCUAAUAAAAUGAGUAAAAUACAGCAGAUAUAUAGGCAGAAAACGAAAUCCAAGGCGAAAGAACAGUUUGCAAAAGUUAAAAUGGAACAAGACCAACAAGAAGUGUUUCAAAAUAAAACUCCACAUUCAGUUUCGACUCAAAAACAACAAAUGGUGAAAAUUCCAAUGAAUCCUAGUAUUCCUUCAGCAAAUGGAUCCAAAAUCAAUAUCCUUCAGAAUGUUAAUUUGCAACAGCAAAGUCCCAUUAUAUCUGAAGAACAAACGGAACAAAUUCAGGAUGCCAGUAACGCUAGUUUGACCACAUUCAAUGAAACAAAUCGUAUAACAUCUCCUCCUUUCAACAUAAAUGAGAAUAUUAAUAACAGAUUGAAAUUUCUGACUAAAUCAAACAACAUAAUGUUUAAGUCUUUGAAUACCUCAUCUGGAAUGAAUGUGGACUUACAAAAAACCCUUAAAAUGUGCCCUUCAAGAAAACCAAUAGCAAAAACUGUUCCCACUACGAAUCAAAAGCUGAUUGUUGUAUCCAAUGCUCAGACAAUGCCUAAUAGUAGUAUUCUCCAAAGAACACUGACUAUUCCUUUUGUGAAGAAUAUAUCUGUGAAAAAUUUUGAUAAAUUUAAAAUUGUUAGCACAUCUGGCACUCCAGUGACAAUAGCGAAUACAACUGUAAAUGCAAAUAGUUUUAACUCAGUUAAGCAUAAAGUAGUGACAGUGAGAACAAGUAAUCCUAUUAACACUGGAAAGAAAGUGCUUCCAUUGACACAACUACAAAUGUUGAAUAAAGGUAGCAUCAAGGUACUUCCUCUUGGAGGAAAAAUUGUUGGUAAAACUACCACAUCAUCGAUACCUUCUUCAAUGUACAUUAUGAAUUCAAUGCACAAUAAAACUCUUAAUAACUUACCAAUUACUAAGGUAAUGGACAACACCGAUAAUACUCAAAUAGUACCUUCAAAUAUAAAUUCUGAAGCAUCAGGUUCAAAUUGCUCUAGAGAUAUAGAAAAACUUAAAGAGCCCAUGAAAAAUACUUCAAUAACUAAUAAAACAAAUGCAGUCCCUGCAGAAGAUGAUUAUGAUACUAAGAUAGACGAGUUCCAUAUACAGACAGUUCCCUUGAUUUCUGAAGAUACUGUGGUGGAAGUAAAAUCAGAGGAAAUGAAAAUCAAUGAAAUAUGCCAAACUAUUGAAGUGGAUAAAAGUGGAGUUGUGUGUCUUCCCCAAAUUGAUUGCUACAUUUCAGAUGGGGAGAUAGUGGAAACUGAAUUAAGAAUUUGUCCAGAAAGAAUGGAACAGGAAAUAAAAGGUAGUACAAAUGAAAGCAGUAGGAUAGAAAAUUUUAGAGGUGAUCAGUUGAGCUCAACAGAUUAUAGACAAGAAAAUGAAGAUAUCGUUUAUGUUGAUAACUGACAUUUAUUUAUUUUAAUUUAAAUUUGUAUUAUUUUUGUAUAAAAGUACUUCUUAACUCACAACUGUUAUAUUUGUUAUAUUUUGAAUUUGCACUGGUUAAAAAAAUCUACCGAAUCAUGCAACUCUAUAAAAUAUAUGAUACAUCCUUAAAUACUGCUUCUUUUGUAAAUAUUAACAAGACAUCACUCCAAAAUAUUUUUACUUCAUUUUGUUGCAAAAUUAUAAAAUGUGAUUGAUAAAAUGAAUUUUUUAUCGAUAAUUGAAAUAGAUCUGGAAAAAUUCAAAUUCCGUAGUGUAUAGAGUGAAACUUACAUACUUGAUUUUGGUAUCUUUUGAAUACUGGAAUUUUAUAUUUUUGUAUUAUCUGAACAAUAUAUUUACGGUGAUCUGUCAGAAUAUAAAAAGAAUUUUAAUGUUCCUGCCCUGUGAUUGAUUUGAAUAUUAUUGUAUUCAUUUUCUUGUGAACAUUUGUAGUAAAUAUAAAGUAUGAACUAUAAUUUUUUUAUUACAGUUCAGUUAUCCACUUUA